AUAAGGAAAGAGAGCAUGGACCCUACCACCCCUUCCAAGACUUCUAUCACACUAUCAUCAAACCUUGUUUCUCUUCCUCCUCUCAUCUUCUCACACCAACACAACACAACACAACCCAACCAUUUCCCCAAUCUCCUCCCAAAAACCAUGCUUUCUCCCCCAAACGAUCAUGUCCAUAUUCUUGAUCCAGUCACCAGCAGAGACCAUGAUUACAGCUUUGAUGGGUGGGAGCCCCUGAAUUUUGUCACCAACGCCAAUCACCCAUCAAAGAACCAUGAACACCACCACUACAGAGGGAUCCAAUUCAGGCCUGAUGAUGACCACCAGUCUGGUGUUUCUUCACCUCCCUUGUGGCGGCAGAACAGUCCUGCCCGCCUUCGCCACCACCAUAGCAGAGCUGAGGCCAUUGCUAGAGGGCAGUGGGAGCUGAUGGAGAUGGUGAAGAACAUGCCGGAGUCUUGCUACGAGUUAUCCUUGAAGGAUCUUGUGGAACAGCCUGCUAGAGUAGUAGUAGAAACCCAAGAAGAAUGCUUGAUGAAAGACUAUGGUGGUGGUGCAGAGAGAGUGAAGAGGCAAGAGAGUAUCAAGAAGAGUACAGGGAAGAUGGGAAGAAGUGGGAGCAUGGAGAACAGAGGGAUGUUUCUGAAGUUGGUGUUUCCGAUCUCACUGGGUCUGGGGGGAUCAAACAAGAAAAAGAACCCAUCUUCAUCUUCAGGGAGUAAGACAUUGGCAAAGGUUUCUCCUAAGCCAGCAGUAGAGGGAUCUGAGAAAUCCAGCAAGAGUAGUGUGGAUAAAGAGUGGUGGAAGAAGAAGAGAUCAUGGGGUUCCAGAGAGAGUGAUAGCAGCAAUAUCAGUGGCAGCAGUGAUGGCAGCACCACAAGUAGCAGCAAUAGCACCACCACACCCCACAGGAGGAAAGGCUUUUUAACCAGUUGUUGGUCUGGCUUCAACUUCAGGAAAAGCAAAUCUGCAGAGUGAAAGAAAAAUAAAAUAAUAAGAGGGUGAAAGAAGCAGGAGAAGAAGAAGCAAUACUGGCCUUUUGUACUUUAGUAAAAAUGCUACUUGUUUCAUGGAAAUACAAACAGUACACUGGACAAGAGCUUUGGAAUCUAUCUUUCUGUAAAUUCUUCCAAAUAUUAUCAUUUGCUUACAUCUUUUUCUCUCCUUCUUGGGUAAACAUAAACAUAUAUAUAUACACACACUUCUUUAUGUAGCA